AGCUGGUCGAUGGUUCCUGUCGUGAUGAAGAUCGCCGGACCCCUGGCGCCAAGCCUCCCUGCAGCACAACCCUAGGCUACUCCUUCCGGCGCGAUAAACGACAAUUAAUUCAGCCUCCAGACGACCAUGCCUUCCUCCCUCUCCGCGGCCAUGCGGACGCCAUGAAUUCCUCGCGCCCCUUCACCCGCACCGCCAACAACAUCUUCCGCCCCGCCUUCUCCUACCUGAACAACGUCGCCCGCGACAAACCCACCAAGCCAGACGCGUACGCGGCCCGUCGCAAGAACAGCGCAAGCUCGCUCGAUGAUACGGACCAUUCAGACAUAGAACAAUACGCCCAAAUGGACGCCUCACGCCUCAGCCACUCGAGCAAGAACUCGCUCUCGGAGCUGCAGCCCGCGGUGCCCCUCAUAGACAUCAGCAGCCGCUCCAACUCGCCCUACCCGCGCAGUCGCAGCGCAGUCCAGAGCGAGGACGAGGACGACGACUUCGAGCCCGCCGAUAGCAUCCGCCCGCUGGUCAAUCCCAAUGUCGGGAGAGGAAGCCUGCGCAGAGGGCUGUGGAGCGAAGGGGGGCUCGGCGGCUUCUUCUAUGGCACCUGGAUGGGCUGGCAGGUCUAUGUGGCAUUGCUGGUCUUCUGGGUCGGCGGGUGCGGCUUCGGGCUGCUGCUCAUGAACCGCUUCAUCAUGCUGACGGGCGUCUACAAAUUUCCGUUCCCGCUCACUGGGACAUACGUCCAGCUGGUCCUCACGCAUCUUCUUCUCAUAGGCUUCUCUAGCCUCACGCGCGGCCUCGGAAGUCCUCUCCGGCGGCUAGGUCUUGGAGCCGCAGUUGCGCCUGCUUUUCCACUAGCACCCGCCGGCGCCUCGUUCAGAAAUCCACCCAAGCCACAGGGCACACUCCUGAGCAUCACCAAGUGGCUGACCAACGGUUCUGGAGGAAUCGCUGGUGGCGGUCUCUUCGAAUUCGAUUGGCAAGUAGCGAAGCAGGUGCUUCCGCUCGCCGUUGUCUUUUGCUUCAAAGUGUUGCUGAGCAACGUUUCCUUUGCCUAUGCUCCCCUGCCAGUCUACCAGCUCGCCCGUAUACCUGUCGUGCCCUUCGCCCUCAUCUUCUCCGCCGUCAUCCAGAAAGAAAACCACAGCGGCUCCACCCUCUCCUCCGCGCUCAUCGCAACUCUCUUCCUCUCCUUCGCCUCCUACCGCUCCCACCAGCGCGUCACCCCCGACUCCAUCGUCGCCGGCGUCUUCUCCUCCUUCUUCGUCGCCCUCUACCCCAUCAUGCUCCUACGCACCUACCGCACCCUCGUCUCCAACCUCGUCCCCCAGGGCGACGUCCUCACCGGCUACCCCUCCUCCGCCGACGACUCGUCCUCCAAUCGUGAGGAGACACGCGCCUACUACCGCGUCCUGCACUACACCUCGCUCCUCUCCAUCACGCUUCUCACCCCCAUCGUCCUUUUCUCCGGCGGCAUCCCCCACAUCAUCCGCAACAUACCCUUCCUCGACGUGCCCUUCUUCUGGCUGAUGAUCUGGUGCGGCGCGCUGGGCAGCUUCGCCGUGUUUGUAUCCACCCUGCUGUUGAUCAAGGCCACGAGCCCGCUUACAGCGACGUUUGUGGCGGUCCCGAGGAGCGCGUUCCAGCUCGUUAUGCUCAGCUUGUUCAAAAUGCCGAGCCAUUCCUGGACCGGCGUCGUGCUAUGCUGGAUUAGCUGUCUGUGGUUUUUGGUCGCGAGGAGGGACGAGGGGAGGACAUUGGACCGCUUGAGGUUGGAGGGAAGGUAGCGACGUUGAAAUGUAAAAUAUAUAUAUGUAUAUCUUGGAGGGAUUGCAGUGG